UGUUGAAGAAAUGAACUUUACUUUUCGAACAGAGUUUGGUCCAAAUAGAUGCUUCGGGCUCCCAAAUUGCAUAUUAUCUUGCUCAACUCUCAAGAGGUUGGAUCUCUGCGGAGUAAUAUUUCCACCAACAAUAAAUGCCCCUUUCGUAUUUCCGAAUGUCACUUCACUUAGUUUUGAUGUCGUUAUCUUUAGUGCUAUUAAUAUGAAUUGUGUUAUAGAUGUUCCUAUGCUUGAGACUCUUUCAUUCAACAAUUGUGUAAAUACAUCAUAUUUCAACAUUAAGGCUCCCAGGCUUGGCAGUUUAACACUCCAGUAUUAUUGCAAUGAUGACGAUAUCGACGAUUAUGUUCCUAUUCUCCCGGUUAGCUUGGACUUGUCAUUUAUUCAUACUCUUUGUUUGGAUUUCAAUUUCAAGCCUUUCAAGCUUUUUGCCAGCGAACUUACUAGAUGGGGACCUGAACUAAAUGUGGAAUGCGUGGAGUUAUACGAUGUCAAUGUUCUUUAUGAUGAUGACUUCUCUUCAUUUAUUCAUUCAUUACUAAUAUGUCCGAAAUUACGCAAGCUUGACAUAUAUCAUUUAUACUUUUAUGCAGAAAUCUCUAGAUCUAUACUUUGGGAGGAACUUCAAAGUGCAGCUAAAGUGCUUAAAAUGCUUCACACUUUUAAGCUUAGAUUAUUCAAUGGGUCAAGGUUUGAAUUGCAAUUCAUCGAGGUGCUACUUGCUUGCUUUCCCGCACUUGAAAAGGUUGUCAUUAUUCGCCAUAUGGAGUUUGAUUCCAAUGAGGAGUUUGAAAUCAUGCAAAAGUUUUUUCAUUUUCCUCGUGCAUCAAAGAAAGCAAAAAUUGUUUACAUAUAAGCAUCUUAUUAUAUUUUUGUUGAAUUAAUAUAUGCAUCUCCUUGAUUCACUCUUUGAGUUCAAUAUUUUGUAAUGUACUAAUGGUUAACUCGAGUA